AGCUCAGAUCUGCGCCAGAAGCUAUUAAGCGGGCAGAGGCGUCGACCUUCAUCAUGGCUUGCCUCGGAGGAUUGUUUUCUCUCGCGGUUUUGUUUGGCUUUGUGGCCGCUGGGUUGCCCAAAAGAACAGCUCCCGUGUUCCUGGAAAAGUGGGAUGCACUUAGUUUAAUUUCCCGCCAGAAGAGAAGCAACGCGGGUGAUGAAGAGACUAAACUCCCUGCCAACCUCGAGAGGGAGUGUUUAGAGGAAGUUUGUGAUUACGAAGAAGCAAGAGAAGUCUUCCAGGAUAAUUAUCGCACAGACAUCUUCUGGUCUGUCUACAUUGAUGGUGACCAGUGUGCUGAGCAGCCAUGCAAAAAUGGAGCCAUGUGUUCGGAUAGUGUGGGGGGCUUUGACUGCAUUUGUAAAUCAGGCUUUACAGGAAUCCACUGUGAGACAGAUCAAACGGUAUGUGUAAUCGAUGAGAGCAAAGGGUGCAGUCAGUUUUGUAAGCCGGGCUAUCAGUCGUACGAGUGCUCGUGUGCAUACGGCUGGAAAUUGCAGCAGAGAGAGAAGUGCGUGCCGGCUGUAACGUUUCCAUGUGGAAAAGUGGCAAGUUUGAGUCAGCGGGGCCAACGUCGGACAACUAACAUACAGUCAGACUAUCAAGGACUCGCCUGCGGCCCAGAAGAGUGUCCCUGGCAGGCGAUGCUGCGACAUGGAUUGGUUGGUUUCUGCAGUGGGGUGAUCUUCAAAGAGAACAUGGUUCUCACCACGGCCCAGUGCGUUAUGAGGUACAGCGACUUUCAGGUGGCGGUGGGUAAAAGGGUGACCUCAUUCGAAGCAGGAGAGCAGACGCUUCAGGUAAAGCAGGUGCACAUCCACCCGCUCUAUGUUGAGGGCAAGCCUGACCAUGACAUGGCUGUAGUAGAGCUGACGCAGAAGAUCGUCUUCAAGAAGAGCGUGCAUGCAGCCUGUCUGCCCGAGAGAGACUUCGCUGACAGUGUGCUCAUGGCGGGCGACUACAUGGGUGUCAUCACCGGCUGGAAGAAAGUUUCCGGUGCAACGGAUCUUGAAGGGAACCUCAUGUUAAACCACCUGUCCUAUGACAAACUGCUGGUUUGCUCGCAGCGCCACUCUGGUCAGGUCACCAACAAAAUGGCGUGUACUAUGCCUCGAGCUAAAGCAGACUGCAUCUUGGGACACGGCAGCCCUUUGCUCACGCUGUACAGAGAGGUGUUCUUCCUCACCGGCAUAGUCAGCCAGCCUUCAGGAACCGACUGCAAGAACGGUUAUGUCUUUCAAAAAGUGUCCCGCUUCUUGCCAUGGUUAAACACAUUCAUGCGCCCAUAAUGGAAGAGAAAAGAAUGAAUGCACAAUACAUUUCUACCCUGUUUUUUUUUUAGUUGACAUUGCCUUUGUUCCCACUUAUACUCAACAAAUUACAAAUGUUAGAAAAAGUCGGCGUUCGUCAGAGGGGGGUUUUCCAGAAAACAAGGUUAACUUGCGUGUACCCUGAACUCUUGGUUUGAUAAGCCCAAAACUUGUUUACUCAGGGUGUGACUGUUAAUACAGCGUUAUAAUUUAGCUUAGCCAUUUACGUGUCUGUGACAAGGUGAGAUGUAUCUAUGAGUUACAUUAUGAGUCCUGUAGCAAAUAAACACAUCCUUUUAAUUGCGGAGCUGUAAACAUGAGAUGAGAAAAUGUUGGUUUUAAGAUUUGUAAGGUAAAAUAAAAUGAGCAUUCGAUUGUUAUAAUAAUGCUAUGCAUAAUAAUAUGUGACCCUGGACGACAAAACCAGUCAUAAGGUCAAAUUGAGGUUUAUACAUGAAAAUUAUACAUUGAAAUUAUACAUGAAAGCUGAAUAGAUAAGCUUUCCGUUGAUGUGUGGUUUGUUAGGAUAGGACAAUAUUUGGCC